AUGGCCUCUUCCAUCCCCGAGGCUGCCACUGCCUUGAAGGUGAAAGGCAACGCCGCAUUCGCUAAGCACGAUUGGCCUACCGCGAUCGAUUUCUAUACACAGGCCAUCGAUCAAUAUGACAAGGAGCCUUCGUUCUUUAGCAAUAGAGCUCAGGCUCACAUCAAAAUGGAGGCUUACGGAUAUGCCAUCGCCGAUGCGACCAAGGCCCUCGAGCUUGAUCCCACAAACGUGAAGGCAUACUGGCGAAGAGCAUUGGCCAACACCGCCAUUUUGAACCCUCGCGCCGCCCUCAAAGAUUUCAAAUCCGUCAUUAAACGAGAACCGAACAAUCAAACCGCAAAACUGAGACUUGUCGAGUGCGAAAAGCUUGUGCGCCGAAUGGACUUUGAGAAAGCAAUCGAGGUGGCCGAGCCAGCAUCUGCGUUUGAGGACCUUGAUAUCGACGCGAUUGUUGUCGAGGAUGCGUAUGACGGCGUGCGAUUGGAUCAGGAAAUGACACAGGAGUUUAUCGAUGAUAUGAUUGAGCGAUUCAAGAACGGGAAGAAGAUUCAUCGGAAGUAUGCGUUCCAGAUUGUGAAGAAUGUGUUGGAUAUUGUCAAGGCGGAGCCAACGAUGGUGGAGGUUGGUGUUAAAGAGGGUACCAAGCUUACGAUAUGUGGUGAUACACAUGGUCAAUACUUCGAUCUUUUGGAGAUUUUCCGACUCAACGGCUUCCCCUCUGAUACUCAUGCCUAUCUCUUCAACGGAGACUUUGUCGACCGUGGCUCUUGGUCAACCGAGAUUGCCCUUCUCCUCUAUGCAUACAAAUGGUUACGACCCGACAAAUUCUUCCUAAACAGAGGUAACCACGAAACAGACGACAUGAACAAAGUAUACGGUUUUGAAGGAGAGUGUAAAGCCAAGUACAACGAGCACGUGUUCAAAGUUUUCUCCGAAUCCUUCUCCGCACUACCCCUGGCCACACUUGUGGGCAGCAAGUACUUUGUCCUGCACGGCGGUCUCUUCUCCGACGACAACACAACACUCGACGACAUUCGCAAACUCAACAGACAUACCCAACGUCAACCUGGUCAAUCAGGUCUCAUGAUGGAGAUGCUCUGGACUGAUCCUCAGCCUACUCCCGGUCGUGGCCCAAGCAAGCGAGGAGUCGGUCUCCAGUUCGGCCCCGAUGUCACCAAGCGUUUCUGCGAGAAGAACGGUCUCGAGGCUGUUAUUCGUUCACACGAAGUCAGAAUGGGUGGCUAUGAGGUUGAGCAUGAUGGACGUUGCAUCACUGUGUUCUCUGCACCCAAAUAUUGCGAUACGACGGAGAAUAAGGGUGCUUAUAUCAAUGUUGGACCGGAACUUAAGCUUGAAUACCAUGUAUUUGAAGCCGUUCCUCAUCCGGACAUCAAGCCAAUGGCAUAUGCUCAAAACUCUCUCAUGUCAAUGAUGUAG